AUCCCUUCAUUCCAUCCCACCAUCAAAACCACACCUCGAAUAGCAAGAAAGCCUUUCCAUAACCCGACCGUACACACCCUCGCAGUCAAUUGAAUUACUCCGCGUCGAACACAGAUUUUGUUUUCACUACUUCGGCACCAAAAACCAAGAAUAUGUCUACCCCUCGAGUAUCUCGCACCUUAGCCCGCGCGCUCCGAACGCGCAUGGGAGCUUCGUCUGUAAAAUGUUAUUCCACAUCGCAGUUGUCCACGAGCCGUCGCAAGAAUUUCAGUAUCCGGGUUCGAGAUGGUGGGUUGAUGAACGCGGGGAUUUUUGGUCGAGAGUCGGCUCGAGGAUUGAGAUACGUUGGAAGAUUGUAUUCGCAGGAAUCGGAGACGAAAUCAAAAUACUACACUUUUGAAGAUAUGCAAAAACUUGCUUCCGCUCCACAUCCCGAUACUCAUAUUAUCGAUGUCCGUACACCUCUCGAAGUGCAACAAACAGGACGCAUUCCCGGCGCGCUGAAUAUUUCUAUCACGACGGAUCCGGAUGCGUUUAGUAUUAGCGAGGAAGAAUUUGAAGAUCGCUUUGGGUUUGAGAGGCCGGGGAAGGACGUGGAGUGUGUGUUUUAUUGUAAGUCGGGGGUGAGGUCGCGGGCGGCGGCGCAGAUUGCAAAGGGGAAUGGGUGGAGGAAGGUGGGGGAGUUUGAGGGGAGUUGGGGGGAGUGGAGUGGGAAGGGAGGGGAGGUGGAGAGGUGA